CAGACGGGUUGUGCGUCUCGUCAGGUCCGACGAGGCCCAACCGGUGGUAUUCUGAGAGCGUGUCACCUACUGUUCGAAUGUGGUUCUCCAACACGCGGGAGAUGGCCAUCGCAUGUUCAGUGUUUUCUUUGGCUAUGACAGUCAGAUUGCUGAUCUGAAACCUGUCAUUGUUGGUUAGAUCUUCCAAGGAAUUCUUGUAAUCCUCGGCAACUUCGUCGGAGGCCAACCCGGAUGACAUGGUGGGCAGAUACAAAGGCUGAUAAGGAUGAUGAAGGGGGAACAGGGGGAAAGCGAGGAUAAGAAAAGGGUAUUGACAAAGAAGAAAGAAAUGAACAAUGGACGAGUGCUAAAGAAGGGCGUAACACUCGAAAGAAUAUUUAUGUUCCUUUUGUUUGUCCUUUCCUCUGAUUCCUCCUCUUUAUUUAAUUAUUUGGUCUUUUCUCUUGUCUUUUUCAGUUCCUUUCCUUGUCCUCUAGACUUUGUAAACUUUUUUUUUCUUGCUUUUUUUUCUCUGGCUUUCUUCUUCUUCUUAUUUCCCCCCUUUUUUGUUAGGAACUUGUCCUUCUUAUUGCUUUGUUUCUCUCUUCUUUUGCUCCUCUUUUUUCCCACUGGGUUUGUCCCUUUUACCACCGUAUAUAAAAUUUCCUAUUUCCGCUUCCUUUGUUUCUCUCCAAAUAAAGGUGUCUCCUGAGAGUGCAAGAGAUGGAAAGAGCUGUCGGAACUUGUAGAAUGCUUGCUAGCUAUCUUGGUCAGACUUGAGACAACAACAGGAGGC